CACAGAAGGAUGCUCACUUGUCCACAAUCUUGCCAAGCCUCUGCCACCCACCGCUGUCAGUGAUCCUGAGCAGCUCCAAAGAGCCUACCCAGCUCCCCCAAGCCCAGGCUCCACCUGCCCGGCUGCGCACUUGCGAAUCUAGCUCCAGACUCUAGGGGAGGACCCAGCGAGACCAGCGCAUCGGAAAGAGAGCCAGCCGCGGGCUGGGCCGGGGUCCUGCUUCGGCGUGGCCACCGCGCGCCGCCGGAACUACGCUUCCCAGGCUGCCCCGCUGCAGCCGCGCGCCCCGCGCCGCGCCCGGCCCUGAGCCGCCUGUUGAUCGCAGUGCAAGCCCGGGGCCACGGCGCCGCCCCUGCUGGUCGGACCCGAGCACUCGGGGCUCUUAAGGCUGUUGCUCAGCACCUUCUGCUUCGGGAUGGGUGCAAGCAAGGUGGUAGUGUGAAGUUCCGGGGAAGCUGGCCCACUUGAACGUGCCCGAGGAAGGUGCCUCUCCGAAGCCAUGGCGCUCCCCUUUCAAAAGGAGCUGGAGAAAUACAAGAACAUCGAUGAGGACGAGCUUCUUGGCAAGCUCUCAGAAGAGGAACUGAAACAGUUGGAAAAUGUUCUAGAUGACCUAGAUCCCGAGAGUGCAAUGCUACCAGCUGGGUUCCGACAGAAAGACCAGACCCAGAAAGCAGCCACUGGCCCAUUUGACCGAGAGCACCUCCUCAUGUACCUGGAAAAGGAGGCUUUGGAACAGAAAGACAGGGAGGACUUUGUGCCCUUCACAGGAGAAAAGAAAGGGAGAGUGUUCAUCCCCAAAGAAAAGCCAGUAGAAGCUCCUAAAGAAGAGAAAGUGACUCUGGACCCAGAACUGGAGGAAGCCUUGGCCAGCGCCUCAGACUCUGACCUCUAUGAUCUUGCAGCUGUCCUUGGAGUCCACAAUUUGCUCAACAAUCCGAAGUUUGAUGAAGAAACGACCAAUGGCAAAGGUCACAAGGGGCCUAUCAGGAACGUUGUCAAGGGUGAAAAAGCCAAACCAGUAUUUGAGGAGCCCCCGAACCCCACAAAUGUGGAAGCAAGUCUGCAGCAGAUGAAGGCCAAUGACCCCAGCCUGCAAGAGGUCAACCUCAACAACAUCAAGAACAUUCCAAUUCCAACCCUGAAGGAAUUUGCAAAGGCCCUGGAGACCAACACCCAUGUGAAGAAGUUCAGCCUGGCUGCAACCCGCAGCAAUGACCCUGUGGCCCUUGCUUUUGCAGACAUGCUGAAAGUCAACAAGACCUUGAUAAGUCUAAACAUAGAAUCCAAUUUUGUCACUGGAACUGGAAUCCUGGCCCUGGUGGAAGCCCUGCGGGAGAAUGACACCUUGACAGAGAUCAAGAUUGACAACCAGAGGCAGCAGCUGGGGACAGCAGUGGAGAUGGAGAUAGCCCAGAUGCUGGAGGAGAACUCAAGGAUCCUCAAGUUCGGGUACCAGUUUACCAAGCAAGGGCCACGGACAAGAGUGGCAGCUGCCAUCACAAAAAAUAAUGACCUGGUUCGCAAGAAGAGAGUUGAAGGAGACCGGAGGUAAACCUCCGCUAACAGAGGUGAAGUCGCACCACGCAGCCAUCUGAAAAACGGACACAAACUCAUCCUCCACGGGACCAUCUUCUCUAAGGCUGUUCGUUUCCGUUAACCAUAUGCGUCAUAAUUUUAACGGUUACUCUUUUUUAGCACUACUUACUUAGGUGAGGUUCUGAAAUGUGUGUAGCGGUUUGACUUGCUCCUGGACACGCCUGGCGGCUUGCACCGAUAGGAUGAUACAGAUGGUAGACAGUGACAGCGCUGGAGAUGAUUUUAACCACUUUCCUAUUGGGUUGUCUUGCUUUCCUCCAUGAACGUGUUUUCAAUCAUGGAAAGGGACUUAGCGUGUGUUUGUAGCUGAUUACAGUAGAGGCCUAUCUCUGUUUACAUGCAUCACUUUGAGCUAGGCUGAGUACAUGAGAAGUGGGCUGCUGACCACAUAAGAAGUUAGUAUUUGCCAAUCUUCCACAAAUUCUCCGUUAAUUCCAGGAACAUGUCUCUACGUGCGCAUGCCCAGCUGAUUCAUGGUCGGUGGGAUCCUUCCUAGAAAGCACUUUAAUACAGCAUUAGCAAAUUAACUGUUUAUUAUCCUAUGGGUAUAUUGAUAAUUCACACACUUAUCUUUACUGACUAUUAAACAUGAAUUAAACAUAUUUGUGUAGGUGUGUGGUACUGGGCAUUGAACCCAGGGCCUUGUGCAUGCUAGGCAAGCACUCUACCCCUGAGCUAUAUCUCCAACCCAAAUUAUAUUUAAUAGACAAUUAUUUAUAAAGCUAUUGAAAGCCUUUCCAGGUAUAAUAGAAAAAUUUUAAAUUUCACUAAAAGAAAAUUUCAAAAUAUUACAUUCCCAAAUAAAACAAUAACAAUGACAUCUAAUGGGCUAGAGAGAUGGCUCAGCAGUUAAGAGUGCUUGCUACUUUUCUAGAGGACCAGAGUUCAAUUCCCAGCACCUAUGUCAAGCAGCCAACAAUGGCCUAUAACUCCGUCUUCAGAGGAAUCUGAUGCCUCCAGUCUCUGAGGGCAUCCGCACACACAACAUGUACAUACCCCCCAUAUACAUACACUUAAUUAAAAAUAAGUUUAAAAGAUAAUAGCACCUUAAUCAAAGUUUCUGGUACAUAAGAUUGAGUGAAUUUGACAAAAUUUAAAAGCAAUUAAUGCCUCAUCUUUAGCAUGACAGGUUCACAGGAUAAAUUGUGGGCAUUGUAGUUAAUUACAUAGAUUUUUUUUUUUUGUCAUGUGCAAUUGCUUCUCUGCCUUUUGGUUAAAAUCAAGUGCCACUUUUUAUCACAUGGUCAAUCUAGACAUUUGCAAACGUUAGGUAAAAAUGCAUUGUCAGUUACUCAGAUAUUUGUCACCUCAAAGACAAAGCCAGUGGAAAACAGAACUGAAAUGAUGGCGUUGAUUUCUUAGUAUAACCGUUGGACAGUGCAGUGCAAAAUUAAGGUGACAAAUGACAGAAGUCUUUGGCCGCAAAUCACCACUCCUCUCUCCUGUCAUUGAUGACAGCCUGUGACAGCCCCUGUCAGGUAGCUAAGGCUAGCUCCUCUUCUCACCGCUGCGACUAAAUAGCUGGCCAGAGGAAUGGAAGGGAGAAAGCGUUCGAUUUGGCUCACAGUUUUAGGGUACCAUCUGCCACGGCAGCUGGAGCACAGGUCACAUCGCAUUCGCAGACAGGAGACAGAGAGAGAUGAAUGCGAGGCUCCACCCACUCUCUCCUUUGCCCCCAGUCUGAGACCCCAGCCUGUGGGAUGGUGCUACCCACAUUCAGGGUGAGUCCUCCCUCCUUGGUUAGACUUCUCUGGGAAUACCUUAUGUGGUUCCAAAUCCCAUCAGGCUGACAACAAGGAUAACUCACAGUGUUUCUCUUUCUUCCCUGUCCUCUCCUUUCCUUACGCAGCAUCCCUGUGGUUUCCCUUCUCUUUAGGACUCUGAGUCUUACAGAGGUGAGACUCUUGUACUGUUGGCAGAGCAGAAGCUGCCGUCCCUGGCAGAUCUUGGGUCUAACCCUGUAUAGUUUUAGUGACUGUGAGUUCCUGACUGGUAGCAGGAAGACAAGUUGAUGGGUGAAUAACUUAGCUUGAAAAGCACUUGGAAUCUGUUUAGAGGGGCCUUUAAAAAACUGGACACUUGGAGGGAGAAGCUGGACACUGACUAGUUCUAUAAAUACCCAUAACUGAAAGCAAAAGUCCUCUGAAACAUCUCAUUUUCUUGACUCAGUUUUACUUGUUUUUUUUUUUUUCAGGACACAAUAAGGAGGGUAUUCUCACAUUUUUUUUUUUUUGAGUCAUCCCCAAUCCUUUAUCUUCCUGUCGAUCUGAAAAUGUAUUAGUACAUUCCAUUUGAUGGUUUUCAGUCUGAUUUUUCUUCCCUUCUCCUCCAUUUGGAUGUGCUAUAUUGGAGUCAGUUUGUACAGGUUUGCUGGGUGUUCGGCUUUCAAGAAUUCUGUGAAUGAUUGCUCAACAUAGCACUACUAAAAAUUAAGGGAAGCCAGGUGUGUUGGCACACACCAGUGAUCCUAGCACUUGGAAUGGAGGCAAGAUCAGUGUUGGCUACAUAGGAAGCUUGAAGCCAGCCUGCUACAUGAGACCCCAACCAAAAACAUAUUAAGUGACAUGCACUUACAGUUAAAUCAAUUAUGCAUGGUAAAGGCUAAACUAUGUUCUUGAGAUUAUUUAUGUACAUUGUGCCUACAUGAUGUAAAUACUACCUGUGGUGUGCUAUGGCACAGUUCUUCCCAGCUCUCAGCACUAACUUCUUGGCUGUGGUGAGAAGAGUCUUUGGGAAUUAUCAGUGUGUAAGAAACUGUCUCCUUUCUUUCCUCUAGAUUGUUGGUAGAUAAGCAGUUCUACCUGGGUGAAUGUGUACGAUGUAUUUGAAUCAUAAUUUUCGGUUACCAUGUUGCCAAAGGGAGGAUGCUGUGUCUUUCCUCCAACCUGGUCACAGACCUCUUUAAAAGCAGAGUCCCUAGCAAACCUCUACAAGUGAUCCUUUUCCUUUCCUCAUUCCUUCUCUUUCCUUCGUCUCUUGAGAAACCCCGACCCUUAAGAGUGUUGCCUGAAGCCCCACGUUUUGGAGAAUGGGUUGCAGCUGUUAGCACACCCUGGCAAAAAGCAAGAAAAAAAAUAGAAGAUUUGGAUCACAGCUAUUCCUUUUUAUAAGGAGUUAUUAAUACUAUUAAAGCAAGAUAGAACAUUAUUUUUAAAAUCAUACUGCUUUUAGCUUAUAAGAUGAGUUUAUGAGAUUAUUUAUUACUAAUCAGCUGUUUUAUCAUUAUGGAUUUUUAAGUGGCUUAUAAAAUGACAUUUCCAUAAGUAUUUACAUAUUGAAGAUAACUACUAGAAGAUCAAACAUGCAUUUUGAGGGAACUUUAUCAAGUCGUAUAAUUAGUUUAAGACUUCACCUCCCUUCUGCCCAAAGUGGAUAAUUAAUUUCAUCAUGAUGAGACAAAAUAUGUGUAAAUUAUUUUUAUAUGUAUAUAUUUUGCUAGCUAGUGUGCGGAGUGUUUGCUAAUGCCUGAAUAACUGUUUGGAGGGAGCUCAUGUUUCCCUCAGCUGCUCCCUUCCCCUUUACAGUUAUACAGGCCCAUAGUAAAUGAAAACUCACUCCCCUAGACUUGAAGGUUCCUGUCCCUGAUGUCUUGUCAUGGCACAUGUAGAUAGAUGGCUUUCAGGAGGUGCAUUUCUCAAGUCUAGAAAUAGUGACUAGUCUAGUAGUACACGUGCAUCUCUCUGUCUGCCUCAUGUGCGCAGCUAAAGCUCCUUCGUCCUUUUCAGCAUGAUCAAAACCCUGGCUUUCAUCUUUGAGAGAAAUCAGUUUCCCUCCCUCCCGCACCCCGCCGUGUGUGUGUGUGUGUGUGUGUGUGUGUGUGUGUGUGUGUGUGUUGUCAGAUAUCUAACUAGGUAUUUGGCUACAUCUGGACAACAGAUUGAAGGGAGGCUCUCUCCCCAGCUCCACUUCCCUUCCCCUUUUAGAACUGCUGCAGACCCAGGUUCCAUGGGAAAUUACUCUGGGGUCGGUAGUUUCACAAUCGUGUGGAGGAUGACUCUUAGAAAAUUCACUGGAUUAUUACCCCAUGAGAUCUUCCUAUAUGCCUAAAGUCUGUAUCAUUUCAUACUCAUGAACAUCAAUUAGCCCCAUCCUUCCAUCUCUGUAGGACACACUGUAUAUUUUGUACAUAAGGAUCACCAAAUACUGUAGUGAGGUGUUUGGCUACACGUAGACCAUGGAUUAACGGGACCAUGCUUCCCUUGCCCCUCUCAAGGUUGUUGUGGGCCCAGGUUAGAGAAUCACGUGCCUGGAGGGGCAGGUGUGGCUCACCCAUCUUUCAGCACACAGCUCAUCUUCCAGUAGAAGCCCAUCUCCAUGUUAAAGCUCAGAAAAUAUCACAGUGCCUGUGCCCCUGGAGCCAGUUUUCCUAAAGGAAGACUGGAAUACCAGACCAUGAACAGCUGCUUCUCUUCCACACAGAGAUGUGGCCCCUUGUGGGCACCAACGUGGUGGAAGCCACUGCCUUCAGAAUAACUGCCACAAGGCUUUUCUGAUGCACAAAGCUUAGACCUGGCGUGAAAACAUCAGCAUGCUCAGACAGCCCUGCAGAGUUGAUAAAAGUGUUUGAACGUACUUCCUUUUUCAUGGCUGAGACUUACUCUGCCCUCUCCUAAAUACUGUGCAGGAGAGACAGGAUGCAUAAGAAUUCUGGACUGAGAGAAGUUUACACGUGUUUUAGUGUUGGGACGGUAGACCGAUUGCCUUUUCGAAAAGUAGAUAUUGAGUUUGCGUCCCAUACCCCUGCCACUCACUCCAUUCUCAACUAAAACACUGAGACACACAUAUAGGAAAGGUACAAAAACUUUCUAACAUCAGGCUGAUCCCACUGGGCAAACCACAGAGCAGCCUUUUGGAACUAACUGACCGGAGAAAAGUACCCAGAACCUCAGUGUUCACUGUUUCCUUAUUCCCCAAUUCUACAUCUUGACUGUACUUUAUACUGUGGUUCAAGAUCCUUACCAAGCGAAAGGGCCAGGGAUGUCAUAUUUAAAUUCAUUUAAUGGCAGAGCUCGGUUCUGCUCACUCCUCUUAAUCUCUCUCCCAUCAGCUUAACAGCAAUGACCAAACAAUGGAUAGAUAGAUGAGCAAUGGGUUACAAAUUUUAAGUCUGUAUCCUGGGUACUAUUCUAGAAACAGCACAUGAGUCAGAGGUUAAGCCUAUUUCAGACACAUUGUUGCCUUGGAGAGGAUGAAGGAGAGGGCUUGAAGUCAUGGGUAGAAAAGAGCGACCUACUAACCAGGCUUGGUUAGCUGUGUCUUGUGGCAGUCAUUCGGAGCAUGUUGGCUCAGCUAGUUGGUAUGGUGAAUGGGUACCAUACUAACAGAUUUGGAGGCUAAAUCCCAAUCCCGUUACCCACACUUAGCAGGUGUAUGAUCAUGGGCAAUUCAUCUAAUUGCCUGCCAAUUAUAGAUUAUAUGGGGGAUGAGCACCGGAAAUGGAGUCAAGUGACCUGAACACUUGACUCUACUCUUUCUUAGCUGGGUGACUUUAGGGGAAACCACUUGAUCUCUCAAGUCUAAAGCUCCCCAGCCAUUAAAUGGGAAUAAUAUCUUCACUAACUACCUCACAGAGUUGUAGUGAGAAAAUAGAAUCAGAUCAUCGGAUGAAAACACCAUAGAAACUAGAAAGCACUGUACAAAAGUAAAUCGCUUUUUAUCAAUUCACUAAUUUUUCCCACUGCCUCUGAGUCUGUUUCAUUCUGACCAAUGGUUCAUCUUUUGGAUUAGGGCAAAUUGGACCAUGGAAUGAUGGAAUUAGAAUGAUAUAAGGGACUAGAAUUGUUUUACUUCAAACAUAGAGGUGAGAGGUGGUUGGUGGUGGCAGUGGGUAUUAUAUAGUUCAGUGAUACGAAUGAUAGAUCACUUUGCUGGGUCACUUUGAAAGUACUUUGGAAAGGGCUGGGAAGUAACUCAGUAAGGUAGUGUGCUGGCCUUGUGUGCACAAAGAUCCAAUCCCCAGCACCGCAUUAACUGAGCAGGGUGGCACAAAUCUUCAAUUCCAGCAAUCAAAAGGUGGAGGCAGGAAGAUCAGAAGCUCAAAUUCAUCCUUGGCUACACAGUGAAUUUGAUUGAGACCAGCCUGGGCUACAUGAGAUCCUGUCUCAAAAAAUAAAAAGCCCUGAAGAAGUGGACCCAGUCCUUGGAAAUGCUGGGUCCAAGAGGGGAACUCAAACAGUGACUAAGAAUUUAUGCAAAAGAGCGCUGUGGCCUUCCUGACAUCACUAAAGGCGAUGGAGGCUAGGUAGGACUCAAGGUAUUGCUGGCCACCUUGGAGAGCAUCUCCUUAGAGCUCCAAGAAUUUUUUCAUGCCUGGCAUCUGUGUACCGGGUGCCAGCUCUGACACUGAAAGGGAGCAAGCUCUCUGGAGCAGCAGCUACUUAUCACCAGCAGCUCAGUCCUGGCCAGCUAUUUCUGCCAAGAAAAGCAGUGUAGUAUGACCUCACCAGGAUGGUGUCUCAUCGGUCCUUGUGUCUUUGGUACCAUCUAAUAAGGUGCCUUGUACAUAGUAGGUGCUUUAUAAAUGUUGCUUGUGCAUCACUGUCCUCCAGCCCUACAAGAAUUAUAUUCUGUUUACAAACAUGUGAGAUAUAUAUAUAUAUAUAUAAAUAUAUAUAUAUAUAUAUAUAUAUUUUCAUAAUGACUUGGAUGCCAGCUGUAUGUGACCAUGGGUAAGAUUUUUCAUCUAUCUUAUCUUUAUUUUGCCUACAAAACAGUGUGUUCUCUAAAGUCCCUUCUAGAUCCCAGACUUUACAACCCUGUGAUUAUGAACAUGGGUGGGUAAUAUAUCCACUGCAGCUCCAGCUCUCUCCAGGGAUGUUCUGCAGACAGUUGCUCAUUCCUUUUCAGCAGUGUUUAACCAUUUCAGAAUAGUUCUGGAAGAGCAGCCUUGUCAGGAAGGCUACUUCCAGGCUGGGAAGGUAGCUCAGAGGUAGAGCAUUUCCUGGCAUGUGGUUCAAUCCUCAGUACUUAAAAUAAAUUUUAAAAAAAACUUGAAAGGUUUGGGGAUGCUUCCUUCAAAAACAGAAAGAAUAUCUUAAUAUAUAUAUAAUAUUUCCCUCCUCUGAAUCAGAGAGAAAGGAGGGGAGGAGAUGCAAAGAAAGACACUGACCUGUAUGUUUUUAAUAGACUUUUAUUUAAUAUCUGUGUAUUUGCAUUUCCAAGCACAUGUUGAUUGCACACCAAGAGACAAUCAAAAGUGCACUGUGCAUUGAAAGACACUGGCCCAGGAUUUUAAACUUCUGUGGACACCAUCUAGGUGUGGGUAGACAGAAAUUGGCCAAAUGGAGAAAGGAGAUGGAUAGAAAGUACACUUCCUGAGUAAUUUUACUUUAGUACCAAAUGUUAGCCAUGACAAUCUUUAUUUAAAUUAUUCUAAGCCAGGCAUGGUAGUAUACAUCUGUAAUCCCAGCACUUGGGAGGUGGAGGCAGGAGGAUCAGAAGUUCAAGGUCAUCCUCAGCAACAUAGCAAGUUCAAGACCAGCCUGUGACACAUGAGACUUUGUCUUACAUUUUAAAUAAAUAGAUAAAUGGAAUAAAGUAAUUUGUAUCUCCGCUUUCUUUUUAAGAACAAAAGUAUGUACAUGAAAAAGCAUAUUUAUAUUUUAAGUAAGCCUUUAUCUGUUUCAUGGUUUUUGUUUUGUUUUUUCAGAAAACAAGCAGCAUUUUUCAUCGCACAUAAAAAUGUAAAAUACUUGCAUGCCACCAGUCAUAAUGGCUUCCUGGUUCUAUGCCUGUCAAGUGUGACCUUAUGUGUACUGUUACCUGUAUCGUGUUGAGACUAGGAGACAUAAUAUGCUUGUAAACUUGUAAAUUUUAUUGGUAACACUUGUUUAGCUAAGCAGAUUCUGAAAAGCCACAUGGCUUUAUUUUUCAUUUGAUACUUUUUGAUCAAAGCUAGGUGGCUGGUUCAUUCACUAGGAAACUAAAGACUAACUUGCUUUUUAAAUGUGAAGUUAAACAUCUUGGGAAAUAAGGAAAAUAUGAAUUUUAAGCUAAUUUUAUUCUCAUAAUUAGGAACCCCAUUGGCCCAGAAAAGUGGAAUUUGGGGCCCUUGGGAAUUAGCCACCAAGAGCUAAUGUUGAACUAAAUAUAAACUUUCAGUCAAUCAAGAUCUUUGUGCUUUCGAAGAUGUCAUGUCUUCAUUUGUGUCUGGAAUGAUAGUUGUAAAUGAACAUGUAAAAAAAAUAAGAGGGGGGGUCAAUAAACUUAACUCUAAAUGUAAA